AUGAAGCGCCGUGAAGUGGCGCUUUGCAAGAAUGCGCCGCAAGAUGUGUGUCUGGCUAUGCGCGCGAAGUACGAGGCAGCGGCUGAAGCGGCCGAAGAAAAGAGGCGGGCUGCAGCUGAAGCGGUUGUCGCGGUGAAGGCUAACGGUGGGAAGCGGGCGCGCAUUACCGAUGACCUGGAGGGGGAUGCGGCUGCUAGAAAGGGAGAAGCCGACGAGUCACUUGCGCUUGCAUGGGCCGCCCUCCACCUCCCCGAUCGCAACAUUGACCAUCCUCUGAUGGUCAAUGCAUUGAACCUCGUCUCGCGCACCGGCGUCGACUACGUCCCUCCGAAGACGAAAUACGUCGGCGGUGCUGGCCUAGUCGCGUGUCGCAACGGAAUCGAGCAGGGUUUGGUGGGCAUUAAGGCGAGCUGGAAGAGGACGGGCGUGACGAUUUCGUCCGACAUGAUGACGGACCGCAACGGCAGGUCGCAGGUCGAUGUGCUUCUCGUGAAUGAUUCUGGCGCCGUCUUCACCGACUGUGUUGACUGCAACAUGGAGAAGAAAGCAGGAGGGUACGUGGCGGGGAUUCUUAGGCCCGUGGUGGAGGAAGUGGGUCCAGAGAACGUUGUUGCGUUCUGCAUGGACGGGGGUUCGAACUAUGCGGUGGCGGUGAAUCAACUUAUACGGGAGUGGCUGCACAUUCAGGAUGUGCCGUGCGCCACUCACGUAUUGGAUCUUCUCAUGGCAGAUGUGGGGAAGAUGGGAUGGGCUAAGCCGGCUGUCGACAAGGGAGGGGAGAUAUCAAGCUUCAUCCGCAACCACCAUUGGACCCAAGGGUACCUGCGGACGCCGGAAUUGGUGGAGGGGACGGUUCUGCAGGCGCUGAAGCCGGCUGGAACCCGAUUUGGGACCAAUUACAUAACCAUAUCCCGCCUUUAUGCGAUGCGCGGCAGCUUUACCAGCAUGGUGCUGAGCGACAUGUGGAAGGAGUGGGCGGCAGGGGAGCGGAAGAAACCAUGCGACCAUUUUAGUGCGCUGAUCCUUGAUGCCGCGUGGUGGAAAACGGCCGAAAUCUUCACUGCCCUGCUCAAGCUGCCCUACAAUGCGAUGAGGCAGACAGACGGGCAUGCUGCGGGGAUGAUGGGGGAAAAUGUACGAUGUGAUGCUCCAGUUGACGGAGGACAUGGGGGACUUGCUCGACGAAGACGAGGAGCAGUUGACCAGCGGGACGGGCUGAAGGCGUUCCUUGACAUGAAGGGUUCUUUUGGAAUGCCGAAAGCCGUGGCACAGAGGAAGCUGGUGAAAGAGGGAAAGUACAACAUGGUGAAAUGGUGGCAGUGGAAUGGGACUGAUGCCCCCGUGCUGGCGGGGUUCACGGUACGGGUGCUGUCUCAGCCCUUGUCAGCCUCACCUUGUGAGCGUGGAUAG